GCAUCAUAGCACAGCGUGCUAGCGCUCGAAUUCCUGAUUUAGAACCGCGAUCUUCCAACUCUUAUUGUUUUCCACGAGUGGCGUGUGACUGUGACGCCUGGGUACUAUUUAAUAUCUGCCUUUGUGCCAAUGGCAUUACAGUUUCACAUCCCUUUGUAUUCCGUAGCCUUUACCUUUCGCCACCGUUUCCUUCCCGAUUUUCAACUGACUCCAGCAUGAACGUCAGUUCAGUUUCUCAUAACCAAAGGACUGCUCAUCGACCCCAUCCCUUCGAAGAUGCCAUACAAUCUACGCCCUCAUCUAGUCCAUGCUCUUCUCCCUCGCCCCAAUCUGACAUUGAUUCCGACGAUGGGUUUUGGAUCGGCGAAACGGAAUUACAAUCAGUCAUCGCGUCUAUCCCAGAAUCCCAGCUUCGUGAUAUCAUUGAUAAACUGGCGAGAGGCAACUCGUUUAUACGUCGCGCCUUUGUUCGCGAACUGCGCUGUAGGUCAGCAGACACGACGCCAUCUAGCUCCCCGUCCCGACAGCGACGGAAAGUUCUACACAAAAAGCGGCGCAGCGCCGAACGAGCACCUUACUUCCCGUGUUCCACAACAUCACCAUCAUGCAUCAACUGCGGCAGGGUUUUUCUGAAUGGGUGGGACCAUGGCCUUCAACAGUGUCUGUCUGAUGGUCCCUGUGCCUAUCAUCCAGGAGCACUAGAAGUGUUUGAAUUCUCGCCGACGAUCAACACACAUGGAAGGCCUGGACAUACAAUGAAGAUGUGGACGUGCUGUGAAGGGGAUCCGGAUACGUCCGGAUGCGUAUUUGCGAAUACGCAUCACGUAGGAUCAUUUUAAAUUUCACGGCCUGAAUCCAUUUACAUACGAAGUUCUGCCGUCCUGGAGUCUUAUUUCCUAGCAGUUCAAGUCGUCCUGCUUAUAUAAAAUACACGCUUUUCAUGCGUUUCCCCAACAUCAAAGCAUAGUUACCAUGUACCUUCCUCACACUCUAUACAGGUUUACAUCACAUCAGAUCUCGGUCGUCUCAUAGCCAACUAAUACAGUUUUUCCCAGCGGCGCGAACCACAUUGCGAGGUUCUAU